GUUGAGCUGAGAUUUCCAAGGCACGAUUCGAAUUCGAAGCUUCAAAAUCAGAGAAGCUCCUCGAAAGUUCCAAUCGAUUUGAUCAUCCGUUCAGUCGACACCGAAGAUAGUUUGCGCAGGCGACAAUGUUCUACAGAGGAUAUGGAGAUGGUCCUGAUGGGCGUGAAAUGGGACCUAAGCGUCAAAGAAUGAUCGAUCAAGGUCCUCCAGGACCAUUCUAUGGACCUCAUCCUGGUUCAGGCUUUAUGUAUAACCCUUAUGGAUUCGUUGCUCCUCCACCUCCUCCUGCUUUCCCUGUGGUUCGACUCCGAGGUCUUCCCUUUGAUUGCGCAGAGCUCGAUGUAGUAGAGUUCUUCCCUGGCUUAGAUGUGGUCGAUGUCUUAUUUGUUCACAAGAACAAUAAGCUCACAGGGGAAGCCUUUUGUGUCCUGGGUUAUCCCCUUCAGGUCGAUUUCGCUCUCCAUAAGAACAGACAGAACAUGGGAAGGAGAUACGUUGAGGUUUUUAGGAGCACGAAACAAGAGUACUAUAAGGCUAUUGCUAAUGAGGUUGCGGAGUCUCGUGUCCAUGGUACGGUUAGUGGUGACGGCGGAGGAAGCAGCGGUGGAAGAAGUGGUGGUGGUGUGAGUGGUGGUGGUGGAUAUUCACCUCGCAGGAAUGUGCAAAGGGCUAGAUCCAGUUAUGAUGGGAAAGAGAAUGCUGAGCAUACGGGUAUCUUGAGGCUGAGAGGGUUACCUUUCUCAGCAGGGAAAGAAGACAUAGUUGACUUCUUCAAAGACUUCGAUUUGUCUGAAGACUCUGUUCAUGUUACUGUCAAUGUUGAAGGGAGACCCACUGGAGAGGCGUUUGUGGAGUUUGAGAACGCAGACGAGUCGAGAGCUGCGAUGGUCAAGGACAGGAAAACGCUUGGGAGCCGUUACAUAGAGCUGUUUCCUUCAUCGAUUGCGGAGUUAGAGGAGGCGUUAUCAAGAGGAAGAUGAUCCCACCACUUGUGUCGUGGUAACUUUCAUUACUUUUUUUCCUUCAAAAAUGGUUGUCACAAGAUCACAAUUUCAACGCAUUGAUGAUCGUUCCGGUUUUGAUGUACUAUCUGGUCAGGCAGGGCCGUGUCUAUGUUAUGUAUUGGAAAACAUUGGCCUAGGGCUUAACUUUGAUGAAAUACUUUGCUUGUUUUCUUCAAAAAUAUAUUAGAAUAUAAUUUGAAGUUCGC